GAUGAGUCUGUUGGUGUAGCAACCAAUGAACGCCUCCAGAUACAGCACGAAGUGGCGUGGCUAUCCUACGUCAUAGUGCGUCAGAGUACAACUGUACGAGAUCCUGAUCCACUCUUGACCAAAUUCUGUAACAGACUGUGUGACGUGUGUCCUACAAGUCAGAUUAUACGUUGAACAGUCUUUCUAACGAUAGACCUGUGAUUUAAACAAAAUUUACUUCAUUCAGAUUGUCGUCAAUCAGUAUGAUCUGGGCUCAUGCAGAAAACGUUUACAUUUCAUGAUUGACGCCACUCUAAUUGUAGUUUCAGUGUAGUUUCUUGUCACUUAUGCCGUCCUCCUGUUGGUUUACACUGCCAGAACUUUGUCGUCGGCCGUCUUGGGUCGCCGUGGCAUUAAAUCGGACUGUAAACGUGUCGCACUAUGCGUUCUCAGACCUCCGUUCUCGACUCACGACCAAAAAACUUUACGAUUUUUUGCGUAUGAUUGAAAAAUCAGGCAAAAAUUGUACAGUGUACAGCUGGCACGACUUCUUUUAGAUGACUGACUCUAAUGUGUAUGUUUAAGUUGUUAACAGCACUAAAUUCACAUUUUUUCUUUUUAAAGGGCUGUUUUUUUUAAAUACUUAAAUGUAAAAGUUUAUUAAAUUUGGUGACGACACAAAACAAGUGGCAACCUUUUGGACCCAUUUUGUUUGAUAUGCAAAUUAUUUUAGGAAAACUCUGUAAACCGGAAACUUCUUCAAAACUUCCUAGCUCUCAAGUUCACCUGGAUAAUACUAGUUUGGAAGAAAACAGAAAAAAAAAGUUAUAUUAUAUGAAAUAUAUUUGAUUCAUGAUUGUUUUGUGGUUUGGCUGCUGUUAAAUAAAUCACUGAGGAUAGGACAAUACUAAUGGAGACUCAGAAGAUAAAAUCCUACUAUUUAAUUGUAGUUCUAUUUUUUUUUUGGAAAUUAGUUUUAAAAAAACCGUACCAUUUAUUAUAUUACAUAACUUCUUAAUGAUUCAGGGGUUCGUUAUGUUAUGACCAUUCGGCCACGUUCAGUUAUAAAACGACAGGUGUGCUGUCCAAUUAAAAUCUGGCGAUAGUUUUAAGCAGCCAAUCGCGUGCGUUAAGGUGUGCGAGUGGGCGGUUUGAAUGGACCAAUCAAGCGCUUUGACUCCGCCUUCCUAAUUCGAUCUGAACUCGCGCAUCAGCAGCGCACGAGACCGCUACGGCUCGCGCGCGCGACACGGCAGCUAUGUGAACCGUUAUCCAGCAGCGGUGUAAACACAGAGUGAUGCCCGACGAGUUUUACAACUUUUAAACACAUUCCUGAAAUAAAUAAUCGAGUUUGGGUGCUGUUUGGAGUAAAUAUGAGAGCCGUGUGCUGGCCUGGUGCAGUUUUAUUGGUUUCAGCGGCGCUGUGUUUGGACCUGGAGCACGCACUGAGUCUCAACCGGAGAGAAAAUACGGCGUUUUUAAGCGAAUGGAAAAGCGGUUUCGGUUUGAAAGAUGUAGCUGAGAGGAAAGUGAGAAGGAGCGAGGAGUCGGUGGGAGAGUCGUGUCACUCCCUGCAGGACUAUGAAGCCAGGCUGCAGGAGGACACACACACUCGUGUCUUUAAUGACGUGUCCGGCUCGGUGUCUCUGGCCUGGGUGGGAGACGGAACAGGGGUGCUGCUGGUCCUCACUACGUAUCAGGUGCCGUUGUUCAUGUUCCGCUUCAGCGAGCCCAAACUCUACAGGAGUGAAGACCAUGGGAAAUCCUUCCAGGAUGUCACGUAUCUCCUGAACAGCACCCUCAUCAUGACGCACUUCGGCAUCGCCAUUGGCCCGGACAACUCCGGAAGGGUGAUCCUCACAGGUUAUGUGUCUGAGGGAAAAGGCUCGAGAAUUUUACGUUCACUGGAUUUCGGGAGGAGUUUCACCCCCUCCGACUUGCCCUUCCAAGUGCUGAUGCAGAUCACCUACAACCCGAAAAACAACAGCGUUCUCGCCGUUAUUAGCACAGUGUAUGACCUGUGGCUCUCUGAGGACUUUGGGCUCCACUGGAAGAGGAUUCAUGACACAGUGUGUCUGGUGAAAUGGGGGACUGCUGACACUCUGUUUUUCACCACAAACCCGAACGGUUCCUGUAGUGAAAGGGGUAUGCUGGAGUUGAGGAAGACCACAGAUUUCGGCCGAAGCUUUAAGACUAUAGGGAGGAGGAUUUACUCGUUUGGCCUGGGCGGCCGAUUUCUCUUCGCUUCCGUCAUGUCUGCCACGAGCUCGAUGCGCAUGAUUCAUGUGUCUGUGGAUCAGGGGGAGGUUUGGGACAUGGCCCAGCUGCCCAACGUGGGACAUGAACAGUUUUACUCCAUACUGUCUGCCAAUGACGACAUGGUGUUCAUACACGUGGAUGAACCUGGAGACUCAGGGAUGGGUAUGAUCUACGUGUCUGAUAACCGAGGCAUCGUCUUCUCCAAGUCCCUCGAGCGCCAUCUUUACACGUCCACAGGUGGUGAAACUGACUUCACUGUCGUCAGCUCACUCAGGGGCGUCUACAUGACCAGCGUGCUGGCUCACGAUGGUUCUGUUCAGACAGUGGUAACGUUCAAUCAGGGAGGAAAUUGGAGGUCUCUGAAGAAACCCUGGAAUGCAGAGUGUGACUCCACUGCAAAGGAUCCAGACAUGUGCAGUCUGCAUAUUCACGCCGCCUACAGCACGUCGAUGAGGCUCAACGUGCCGAUGCUGCCUCUGACCGAACCCAGCGCUGUUGGUCUCAUCCUAGCUCAUGGCAGCGUGGGGGACGCCGUGUCCAUCUUGUCUCCUGACGUUUAUGUGUCUGAUGACGGCGGAUACACGUGGGCACGAGCGCUCAAAGGACCACACCAUUACGUCAUGCUGGACUCAGGGGGUCUGCUGGUGGCCGUGGAACACAACCCCAUCCAGCCCAUCGCACAGAUCAAGUUCUCCACGGACGAGGGCCAGUGUUGGCACGUAUAUAACUUCACAGACACGCCGCUGUACUUCACGGGUUUGGCCUCGGAGCCCGGAGCUCGGUCCAUGAGCCUCAGCCUGUGGGGUUUCAGACAGCCGGUGUUCAGCCAACACUUAGUGUCCAUCACUAUAGACUUCCACCAGCUGCUCUCCAAAGACUGUGGGGAGGAGGAUUACGUGCAGUGGCUCGCCCACUCCGAUAACACCGGCAACCCAAACGACGGGUGUCUGCUGGGAUAUAAAGAAAAAUAUUUACGGCUACGCAAAGACUCGACGUGCCGAAACGGGAGGGAUUUCGUCAUCACCAAGCAGCCCACACCUUGUCCCUGCACUCUGGACGACUUCCAGUGUGAUUUUGGCUACUACCGUGCCAUGAACAGCUCAGAGUGUGUGGAACAACCGGAGCUGAAGGGCCACUCACUCGAGUUCUGCCUGCACGGCCGUAAAGAGCAGCUCCAAACCAGCGGCUACAGGAAGAUCCCAGGAGACCGGUGUGAGGGAGGCACACAGCCGGAGAGGAAACUGAUCGACCUGAGCAAGAAGUGUGUCAGUAACCUGCUUAGUCCAGAGCUUCUGUCAGAGUCUCAGUCAGGAAGCGUGGCUCCUGUAGUGUCCGUCAUCUUCCUCGUUCUGCUCGUCUGUGCCGUGGCCGGGGUCCUGCUUGUCAAGAAGUACGUGUGUGGAGGAAGGUUCCUGGUGCACCGUUAUUCAGAGAUGCAGAGGCAUGUGGAGGCUAAUGCCAUUGAAGGUGUGGACGACGUGGACACUACAGAGGCAGACAAAACGCAUUACAAUGACGACUCAGAUGAGGACCUUCUGCCUGGAAAUUGAGUCGGGAAAUUCUCAGGUAGUGUCCUAAAGCUUACUAGUGAGCAACUUGGAUGCCUUGCAGUGCCCUCUUCAGGCCCGUCCAUCCGUCUCUGUGUGUGUGUGUGUGUGUGUGUGUGUGUGUGUGUGAGAGAGAGAGAGAGAUCAAUAAUAUUCGAUUAUUCACGUGUCUUCGUUCCCUGAAUGGUGGCAGGUAAACGUUAAACCCUGUGUGGGGAUAUUGACAGCCUGGACCAGUUUACUGAAGGACGGGGAAAUGAAAGUGUAGAUUUUUUCAGAUUAAUUGGUUCCAGCCACUGGACAGGAGGCAAUUGGGAGAUUUUUGUGAUGACAGUUUUAUUGUUGGACGCCUCCUUUUUUCCUCUGUGUCUUUCCGACAACUUCACUGGUUGUAGUAUGACAGUUGUUUUCUAUUGAGUCUGAUUUUUGAGAGAUUUUCAUUCCUUUAAGACGUAAGGACUGGAUUUUUAGACACGGACAAUCUCCAGUAAUGGUGUCCUUUAGGCUGAUGAAGGGAAAAUUGGCUAUGACAGGAGGUGUUUAUAAAACAUUGUGAUGUAGGGUUUCGGUUAAUGCAAAUAAGGGUAAUAAUAAGAGAUCACAGAACUUGUUCAAAGGAAUUCUCCAGCAUAGUUCAACAUAAUGUGUGAUUACAACAAAAAAAUAAUUCAAAAUGUUUCCAUGUACUGAGAAAAGAACUCCAAGUUUCAGGUAUAAAGAUUAAACAAAAAUAAAGAACAUAGUUCUGGUUGCGUUACAUUUUCCUGUAUCCAUGUGGUAUCGGUCUCACAGAAUUAACCCUGAUCUUUUUCUAAUACUUCCUUCUCGUAGAGGACUGAAUAAUUCAUGAAUAAACCUUUACUGACGCAUCAGCAACUGCCCUUAGACUUCCAUUUGUAAGUGAGUUUGGCAUAAACAUCCCUUCUGUUUCUUUCUCAGUGCAUGGAAAAAAACUGAAUUGUUUGUUUAAAUGCAAACUGUUAGGUGUGAUAGGGAGUGAGACCAGGAAAAAAAAAAAAAAACCAGCUCUGCUUUGACCAUCAUUUGAACUGAUGUGAGUUUAUGAGGACAUUAGGCUUGGGAUUGACACACCAGUGGCAUUUUAUACAUAUUUUUUUUUUAUAUACGUAAAAGUUCAGCCUGAGUAAUUAAAGCCGUAUUACAAAGCAAUAACAGUUCACUAAGCUAAAGUUCAAGGAGUGUAUUCAUGUUUGUACAGGCUAGACAAAGCUAAAUGGAUAUGCUGUGCAAUGAUUGUGGUCAUUCAUCUUAAUUAUUAUACACCAGAUAGGAAAAAAGCGAUUAGCCGUUUGCGUUGCUUCUAGCUCUUUCCCUGUUACUUCCUUGGACGAAGGUACUUUCACACCUGCACUGUGGGUUUUUACUGACGACCCACUAAGCUCAUUUUAUUGUAAAAUAAGCUAUGAUUUCCUAAGCAGUUGUGCACUGGCAAAAAAAAAAAAGCUCCUGAUGGCAUAAGAUUAGGUUUUUUGUAUGAUUUUGUAGUAAGUAAUAAAUGAUUUAUGGUAAGAAAAAUUAUUAAUAAGGGAGUUUGAGACCUUAUAUUUUUACUACACAUAGGUAUAAUUACUUUUCAUAGCAAUAUUUAAUCUAAUGACUAUUUGUUUAAUCAUAAAUAUGACACAGUGUAGUGCCCUGACAGUAUUGCGAAACAAUGCUAUGUAUGUAUGAAAUGUGCCUGAUAAAGGGCCACUUUUGCUUCAGAUUUUAUGCCAGUCGGGAAAUAAAACCCAAGAGGCCAGUCAGUGCGGUAGACUUGAGUGUAUCGAUUUGUCAGGAGGGCGUCUGCCCGAAUAUGAUGUGAAUACAGUAGGUUUUAUGGUACUCCUUUUUAAAAAUAUAUGUCUCAGGGGACCCUGGUUUUCACCUUCGCUUCAAAAUGUGAUGAGGAAAAAGCUCGAGUGAGUUUCAGUGUUUGAUUGCUGGAUGGAUUUGUCAGGAUUCAGUAUUUUAGUGCUACUGGGGAAAUUUAGAGAAUUUGCAGCAUCUGUCUAUGAAUGUAAGGGGAAUAAACACAAUGUUGUAAUUCCAGUGCUGUAAAUAAAAUAUGUACAGAUAAGCUACUGUUCAUAACUACAUUUAAUAAGUUUGACUUCUCAAUCCAAGUCUUAGAAACACAACAAAAAUGUAACGCCUUGAUUGAGAACUUUUAUUGUCCUUAUUUGUUGUUAAUUUGUUUUUCAAUCAGAAUAAAGAAUUUAAAACAUUUA